AUUCACAAGGAAGCAUCCACUCAAGCUUAUAAUAAUUGAACUUCAGUUGAUGGAUGCUUCAUUCUCACUAAUUUUCCUAGAGGAAACAGGAUGAAUGUCUAAAAAAAGAUGUGUAAACUCAUUGGUCAAUCUCAUUCAAUGGGAAUCAAACUCACCACCCAAUUUUUCAUUAUUUAGAUAAUAUGCUUGUUUAUCGUUCUGAUGAGUACUGAUCAAAUUUCCCAAAUAUGCCAUCUGUCUGAGCUUACUUUGGACUUUGAGGUUAAUUCUGAACACCUGACCUGUUCCAACAUGCUAAGCCUAUUACCAGAUUAAGGGCAGAAUACAAUCAGUACCAAAAUGAGCUCCUAUCUAAUUACAAAGACACUUUUGAGCAGAACAGUGGAGGUGGCGGAAUAUCUUGUCUCACCAGUUAAGACAAAUGUAUAUCUAAGGCACCUGGAUAGUUUGGAAGAAAAACCACAUCAAAAAAGAGCAUAAUGUCUCAGGAUAUGAGUGAGAAGGAGCUAAAGCAGAUGGAAUUAGAUCAACUGAAGAAGGAAGUGAAGCUUGAAAGACAAAUGAUCUCCAAGACAGCAAAAGAACUCAGAACCUUUAUAGAAUCUAUGGCUGCAGAAGACGCCAUCUUAAAAGGGGUUCCAGAGGACAAGAACCCAUUCAAGGAGAAGGGAGGCUGUACAAUAAGCUGACCCUGGCCUCACCCAAAAGAAGAUCUUUGUCGCUCUCUUUAUAUGCUACUUAGUACUGUAUGAAUUAAUGUUUACCCUAUACAAUGAGUCUAAAUCAAGACUGGGGAACUUUUUGGCCCCAAAGGGUGCUGGGGGAGCUGGUAGUCAGCUAUAUUAGAAGGGCCACAGGAUCCCCAUCCAUAGAGAUUUUCUGCAGGAGGGAAUUUAAUCAUGCCUCAGGAAAAAAGGAACCAGAACAUAUCCAUGACCAAGAUAUAUAUUCCAUGAUUUAAUUGUUUUUUUUUCUUUAAAUUGAUGCUUUGUUUUUUGCGGGAAAAAUGAUGCAGGCUUGAAACAAAAUGAAACAGAAUAGAAAAAAAAAAUAUUAUUAAAGAUUUCUUCUCCUUCCAUUCUGCCAAGUGGCUACCUGGAAGGCUUUAGAAAUAUGAUUUAUUUAGUUAUUCAGUUUUAUUACACUGGGUUGUUUUGGGUUGUGGUUUUUUUAGAAAAUUACAUUUGUAAUUUAACUUAGUUUUCCCAUUUGCAACAACUGAUUAAGUACUACUUUAUGUCAGAUGUUAACAACUAGCAUCUCUCAAGCAAUGUAACUUUAAGAUUGCAGAAUUCAGGUCCCUAACAUGAGGCUGAGGAAUUCUGAGAGUUGAUGUGCACACAUCUGAAAGCUGCCGAGGUUGAGAAACACUGGCCUAAAGUACAGUUUUUGGAUGCAAGAAGGUCUAACUACAAAGCAAGUUGGGCUAAGAAAAACAGCUUCUCCAUAACAGAAAUACAAUAUAAGGAAUGAAGUUAUGGUGAAAAAGUUCAGAUUGAUGGAUAGUGAGAUGGCAGCAUAUAAAUUUAAUUAAAACAAUUAAAUUUAAACAA